AUGUUUUUAGAAUCAGUGCCGCUCACGACGGACUUCAAUCUGACGGAAUGGAGAGCCGUUCCGCCCUACACCCGUACACUCCUGACGGAGCUACGACGGGAGGUGAACGCUUACACCCCUGACUUUCUGCACCAGCAUGACGUCCUCACCCACGCCCUGGACAUUCCACCGCUACACCCAAACCUAGUGAGUUUUGUGUUGGCUUUUCAUGUGUUAAAUCUCUCUCUCUCUCUCUCUCUUAGUGGCGGGGGCGUGGCUGAGGGGCUGCCAGUGGUGCUGGUGCCGCAGAAGGACCCCACCCGCUGCGUCGCCAACCAUCACCUCUCCACCUUUGGCUUCCUUGGCUUCGUGCUUAACGUGGUCAACGCCGUCAUCAACGUCGCCAACAACAUCAACAACAACAAUAACAACAACAACAAUAACGACAACAAUAACAACAACAACGACUUGAACAUAAACGAGGUGCAGGUGACACAGACCGCCACCAACACCAAUGAUGUGAGAGCGCAGGCCGCCAGACGACUCGACCACCUCAAGUCCAUGCGUUCCUCCAUCAGCCGCCACCUUCGCAGCCUCCGCCGCCACACACGUCGCAAAAGAUCCUCAGAUUCCUGCGGCGUGGAUGUAGUGGACGAGGCGGUGCUGGCGGCGGCGGCACUGCUGGACAUGUGGGGCCGGGCGGUGGCGGAGGAAGACCCGUGGUGCCUGGCAUGGGAGAUGUGUCACACUGCUGCAGCCCUCGCAGCCACCUCCCGCCUCGCCGCUGAUGUGGGCAGCGUGGGGACAGCCGCUGCAGCCAAUAUGCUUGUUAGUUUCAAGGAAAUCAAUCCCGAGUUCCUGAUAGAGGCUGCGGAACGAGGCGCUGAAGGGGUCAACUGUACAGAACUGUUCAGCUCUUGCUCGGAUUUUACCACCACCACCACCACCACCGCCGCUACCACCACCACCAUCACUUCCACCACUACCACCACCACCGCUGCCGUUGCCAACACUUCCCCCAGCUCCACAACAGCUAACUUUGGACAGUGAUUCAAUAAACGUCAAGU